UCAAUAGGGCUUAGUCAGUCCCGGUUUAGCAAUGGCUGCGUUCUACAUCCGCUGUCUCCAGGAUCUCCCUAAGAUUAACGUUACCGAUGUGCAUCGUAUUUGCAAAAAAUCAACCACAGCUCCAUCCAGCAAGCUGGGGAAAGGCUUUAAAUUAUACGCAGCCUCAUAUAUACACGGUUAUGAAGGUUGGACUCCGGGAUGCUUCACCUGUGGUGCUCACACAAAGCAAGUGUUCAUGUGUGGCAGGCACUGCUUUGUGCAAUCACACGGUUGCCUAACUCUUUCAAAGUGCUAAUUUUUCCCAGCUUAAUUUAUCUGUUGUACCCCCUGUGCUUAGCUGCACUGAAAGAGAACAAUCCUGGCAUAAACCACGAACAAUGGGUGUAAAACCAGGCCCUAUCAAUGCCAUGGUCAUCACAAAACCAGUAGCAAAUCGUACUACACAAGGUGGAGUGAGAAGUGGACUCUAUAGAGGGAUGGUGGGCCUUUUACCAGAUCCAUGCAUGUUUAGAGUUGAGGAGGCAUACGCAGAAUUCAACCUUGAGGACAAGCAACUUGUUACCACCAUGAACAUGUCACCUGACAAGCCACUUAUAGAAAGUGCAUUCGGGUUGGUCCAGGAAGGAAGCGUGUUGUCCUACCAGCAGCCUGUCUUAACAUCACGGUACAUCACACUACAUGAUGCCCCAUCAACUCCACCUUUGCCUCUUGAAGGACAUCAUCUUGCUCCAUCUAAAUGCAUGUUUGUUUGCACCGGGGAGGAGCUCUUACACCUUCAAAGUCUAAACACACCAUUAGAUAUGGCUAAGAAAAUUGAAGAGGCAACACGCGAGCAAAGCUCUUGUCCUGACUGGCAUCAGCUUCACAGAUCAAGAGUAACAGCUUCCAGGUUUCGGGAGAUAAGUCACGUCAGAGGCCUGGGCUCUGCAGAGUCCCUCGCAGAGCGAAUCAUCAGAGGAAGCCGACAGACGGCAGAGAUGAGAAGAGUGCUGAAAUGGAGUCGGAGGUAACCGUGGAAUACAGCAAACUGAAAAAUGUUAACUACUCACCCUGUGGUUUAAUCAUCCAUCCAAAUGCUCCCUGGCUUGGUGCAUCCCCUGAUGGUGUGGUCUUUGAUCCAACUGACAGUCCUCAAUUUGGACUUGUUGAAAUUAAAUGUCCUAAUGUCUGCAAAUAUAUGCAAAUGGACAAUGGGUUUCUCACCCUAAAAAAGGGCCAUGCAUACUAUUACCAAGUGCAGGGACAGCUACUGGUCUCAGGAAUGCAGUGGUGUGAUUUCAUGCUGUGGGCCCAGGAGGAUUAUUUUGUCCAGCGUAUCUACAGUGACACUUCAGUGCACAAAUUUAUUAGAGAGAAGGUGGAUUAUUUUUACUUUUACACAUACAUGCCUAAAUACUUGUCAAUGAAACAGUAACUGAAAUUAAAGAAAGAGAAAUUACAUCUGUAAAACAACACUCAAACCUGUUAAUAAAUGUUUAUUUGUAUGA